UUCGCAGUCCCAAAAACAAACGAAGACAGGUCGAGUGUCCACACGCUUCUUCACUGGGGGUGCCUGGUGUGCAGAGUGGUCUUGGCUGUCCGUUGACUCCCGUCGGGUCUCUGAAACAGUGAGAAGGCUUCACCACCUGUGUGGAAGAAGGAGUUCACAGCAUGGCGUUAAACUUCACCAUCAACACCAACAAUCCGCCUCUGGGGGCCCUGCUGACAGCUGAGCAUGUGAAGGGCAGUGUGCAGGUAUCAGUGGAGGAAGGCAAAGACACACGGCUGCAUGUCUCAGAUGCAGUCCAGUUCAGCGAUGGCAACUCCAUCAGCCGCUACUUGGCACGGGUGGCUCCUGCUCUUGGCCUCUAUGGAGCCAACACAAUGGAGCAGACUGAGGUCGACCACUGGCUGGAGUUCAGUGCUCGGCGUCUGUGUGGUCAGCCUGGUUUGACUGUGGCUCUGGCUGAACUGGAUAAGGCCCUCUCCCUGCGGACCUUCCUGGUUGGACAUGCCAUCACCCUGGCUGACCUUUCUGUCUGGGCUGCCCUCAAAGGUCAUGACGAAUGGCCAGGCCAGGGCAAAUCCUUCUCUCACGUCAACCGCUGGUUCUUUUUCCUGAGCUCGCAGGUGCCGUUCUCUGCUGUUGGCAACAAGUACACUACAAAGAAGGCUCCAAUGAACAAAUCCAAUUCGGAUGAGAAGAAGCAGGAUCUUGGUAAGUUUGUAGACUUGCCAGGAGCUGAGAUGGGCAAGGUGGUGGUUCGAUUCCCCCCUGAGGCCAGCGGUUACCUGCAUAUCGGCCACGCCAAGGCUGCUCUGCUCAACCAGCACUACCAGGUCACAUUUAAAGGCAAGCUCAUCAUGCGCUUUGAUGACACCAACCCUGAGAAGGAGAAGGAGGACUUUGAGAAGGUGAUCCUGGAAGAUGUUGCCAUGCUCCAGAUCCAUCCAGACCAGUUCACCUACACCAGCGACCAUUUUCCCAUCAUCAUACAAUUUGCCGAACAGCUGCUCAGUGAGGGCAAGGCCUACAUCGACGACACACCUCCUGAGCAGAUGAAGGCAGAGAGGGAGCAGCGCACGGAGUCCAAAUGCAGAAAUAACACCGUGGAACAGAACAUGAAGAUGUGGUCGGAGAUGAAAGCUGGGACAGAGUUUGGUCAGACCUGCUGCAUGAGGGCCAAGAUUGACAUGAACUCCAACAAUGGCUGCAUGAGAGACCCCACCCUCUUCCGCUGCAAGAACACUCCCCACCCUCGCACAGGAAGCACCUACAAAGUCUACCCAACGUACGACUUUGCCUGUCCUAUCGUGGACAGUUUGGAAGGUGUGACCCACGCUCUGAGGACCACCGAGUACCACGAUCGUGACGAUCAGUUCUACUGGAUAAUAAAUGCCCUGCGCCUCAGGAAGCCAUACAUAUGGGAGUACGCCCGACUCAACCUCAACAACACAGUACUGUCCAAGAGGAAGCUCACCUGGUUCGUUGAACAGGGAUAUGUCGAUGGAUGGGAUGACCCUCGCUUCCCCACUGUCAGAGGAGUCCUGAGGAGAGGAAUGACUGUUGAGGGUCUGAAACAGUUCAUAGCUGCCCAGGGUGGCUCCAGGUCAGUGGUGAACAUGGAGUGGGACAAGAUCUGGGCCUUCAAUAAGAAGGUUAUUGACCCAGUAGCACCCAGGUACACAGCUCUGUCCGGCUCCUAUGUGGUUCCUGUUUCCAUCCCAGGGGCUGCAGAGGAGAUGAAGGAAGUGGCUAAACACCCUAAGAACGCAGAGGUGGGCAUGAAGCAGGUUUGGUAUGGACCUAGAGUUCUGGUUGAAGGAGCCGACGCCGAGACGUUCUCAGAGGGAGAGAUGGUCACCUUCAUCAACUGGGGCAACCUCGUCAUCACCAAGAUCAACAAAGGGGCUGAUGGUAAGGUCGUGUCCAUGGAAGCUCGCCUCAACCUGGAGAACAAGGACUUCAAGAAGACAACAAAGAUCACGUGGCUGGCUGAGACAAACAGCGCCCCGCCGCUGCCAACCAUCUGCAUCAAUUACCAACCACUCAUCUCUAAGGCUGUCAUCACCAAGGACGAUGACUUCAAAGACUAUAUUAACAAAAACAGCAAGUUGGAGGAGAAGAUGCUUGGAGAUCCCUGUCUGAAGAACCUGAAGAAGGGUGACAUCAUCCAGCUGCAGAGACGAGGCUUCUACAUCUGUGACCAGCAGUAUGAGCCAGUCAGUCCUAACAGCUGUAAGGAGAGUCCCUGUGUCCUGUUGUACAUUCCUGAUGGACACAUCAAGGAGAUGCCCACUGCUGGAUCCAAGGACAAGAGCAAGAGCCAAGCCUCCAACAACACACCUGCCGCCCCUGCCAAGGCUGCUUCUACCUCUGCCCCAGCACCUGCCUCUACCUCAUCUGGUGACUUGUUCUCAAAUAUUGUUGCACAAGGUGAAACUGUCCGCCAGCUAAAGACUGCUAAGGCUCCUAAAGACCAAGUUGACAAGGCAGUUCAGCAGCUGCUCUCUUUGAAGGCUCAGUUUAAGCAGGAGACGGGUAUGGACUACAAGCCAGGCAUGUCUCCUCCCACCUCUGCUCCUGCCCCGCCCAGCACACAAGCAGACUCCUCCUCCUGUCCACAUGCCCGUGUGGCCCAGCAGGGCGAGCUGGUCAGGAAACUGAAAGCAGAGCAUUCACCCAAGGACCAGAUUGAUGCAGCAGUGAAGCAGCUCCUCGCUCUCAAGGCAGAGUUUAAAAAACUGACCGGUCAGGAUUACAAACCAGGAAUGGCCCCUCCCAUUUCCUCUUCCUCUGCUCCUUCUCCUGCCACAACCACUUCCUCCUCUUCCUCUUCCUCUUCCUCUCCUUCUGGCCUGUAUGAACGUGUUUCACAACAGGGGGAUGUUGUGAGGAAACUGAAGUCUGAAAAAGCCCCCAAGGACCAGGUGGACGCUGCAGUGAAACAGCUACUCGCCCUGAAGGCAGAGUAUAAACAGAUCACAGGUCAGGACUACAAGCCGGGAGCAGCCCCAGCUCAAGCGGCCCCAGCUCAGAAAGCCCCCACCCCGGUCAAGGGUAGCCCCGCUCCUGCUCCCGCCGGCCUCUAUGAUCAGGUUGCUGAGCAGGGAGAGAUGGUCAGGAAACUGAAGACUGAAAAGGCCCCAAAGGAUCAGGUAGAUGCUGCAGUGAAGCAGCUGUUGGCACUGAAGGCGGAGUAUAAACAGCAGACUGGACAGGAUUAUAAACCAGGACAAGCGCCAAGCAGCCCUGCCCAGACCCAGUCCAAGUCUUCCACAGCUCAGUCCAGCUCUUCACCUCAGGCCCAGAAACUGUUCUCAGAGGUGGCCCAACAGGGAGAGCUGGUGAGGAAGUUAAAGUCCGAGAAGGCCCCCAAGGACCAGGUGGAUGAAGCUGUGAAGACUCUCCUGGACCUGAAGACCAAGUACAAGACGCUCACUGGAGAGGAAUACAAACCAGUGGCCGCUGCUGGAGCCACUGGGGGAGAGGACAAAAACCGCAAGGAGAGGGAGAACAAGUCUGAGAAGCAAGGAGGAGGAGGAGGGAAGAAGGGUAAAGGAGACAAAGCCAUCCAGGGCAAGGAGGCCUCAGGAGGAGCAGGUGGCUCAGGAGAGGGUCAAGGACCUAAGAAACAAACACGGUUGGGUUUGGAGGCCAAGAAAGAGGAGAACCUGUCUGACUGGUACUCUCAGGUCAUCACUAAAGCAGAAAUGAUUGAGUACUAUGACGUCAGUGGCUGCUACGUGCUGCGGCCCUGGUCAUUCGCCAUCUGGGAGUCCAUUAAAGAAUUCUUCGACCGGGAGAUUAAGAAACUUGGUGUUGAGAACUGCUACUUCCCCAUGUUCGUCUCUCAGGCCGCCCUGGAGAAGGAGAAGUCCCACAUUGAAGACUUUGCUCCAGAGGUUGCUUGGGUAACGCGGUCAGGAAAGACUGAGCUGGCUGAGCCCAUCGCUGUCAGACCCACCAGUGAGACAGUGAUGUACCCCGCCUACGCUAAAUGGGUCCAAUCCCACAGAGACCUGCCAAUCAAACUCAACCAGUGGUGUAACGUUGUGAGAUGGGAGUUUAAACACCCCCAGCCCUUCUUGAGGACAAGAGAGUUUCUGUGGCAGGAGGGCCAUACAGCCUUCGCCACCAAGGAGGAGGCAGCUGAGGAGGUGCUUCAGAUCCUGGAUCUGUACGCCAGAGUGUACGAAGAGCUGAUGGCGAUCCCUGUGGUUAAGGGGAGGAAGACAGAGAAGGAGAAGUUUGCAGGAGGAGAUUAUACCACUACCGUGGAGGCGUUUGUCUCUGCAAGCGGCCGAGCCAUUCAGGGUGCCACGUCCCAUCAUCUUGGUCAGAACUUCUCCAAGAUGUUUGAGAUCGUGUUUGAGGAUCCAAAGAAGCCUGGUGAGAAACAGCACGCCUUCCAGAACUCCUGGGGAAUCACAACCAGGACCAUUGGUGUCCUCACCAUGGUGCACGGAGACAACAUGGGACUUGUACUGCCUCCCAGGGUGGCCUGCCUGCAGGUUGUCAUCAUCCCAUGUGGGGUCACUGCCUCCCUGCCAGAGCAGGAGAAGGAGGCACUGAUGACCCAGUGCUCCAAAUACCAGAGCAGGCUGCUGGAUGCUGGCAUCAGGGUGAAGACUGACCUUCGAGAGAACUACUCCCCGGGCUGGAAGUUCAACCACUGGGAACUCAAGGGUGUUCCUAUCCGCCUGGAAGUGGGUCCUAAAGAUAUGCAGCAGCGUCAGUGUGUUGCAGUGAGGAGAGACACAGGUGCAAAGGUGACAGUUGCAGAAGCUGAGGUAGAGAAGAGGCUGCUCGCCAUGUUGGAGGACAUCCAGAGCAACCUGUUCAAGAAAGCUUCAGAUGACUUGAAAUCUAACAUGUUGGCUGCGGACACAAUGGAACAGUUCCAGAAAGAGUUGGACCAGGGAAAGAUUGUCCAGAUCCCGUUCUGUGGAGGAAUUCAGUGCGAGGAAUGGAUCAAGAAAACCACUGCCAAGGACCAGGACCUGGAGCCUGGAGCUCCGUCCAUGGGAGCCAAGAGCCUCUGUAUCCCCUUCUCUCCCCUGAAGACGCUGCAGCCUGGUCAGAUGUGUGUCAGUGGCAAAGAGCCGGCUCAGUACUACACCCUGUUUGGACGCAGUUACUAAAGACCUGCCCUGCCAGAGCACGAGGAUGAACAUCGCAGUGAAAAAGGGCUUCAGUACAUUUUCUCAUCUAUUUCUUGUUGUCUGAUCUGUUGUGGGUGUCUAGGUUAAUAUGGGUGUGGAGGUGACUGCACUGUGGGAAUAGGAAUAUAUUUUUUUUUUCUAACAUACGUUAACAUUGUUAUAAUGCAUCUGAAGAAAGUUGAGGUGAAAGAAAUAAUUUUCUUCUUCUGUUACUUUUAUAUUCUGUUGAAAUGAAAAUGUUUGUAGUGCUGCUUACUUUGUGAAGGCCAUGUCAAAGAACACUCACUCUCCAGCUGUGUGUUGUGUUAGGAUGUGAAAUGCCACCAGAAACCAGGCAAGUAUUAAAUCUUUGCCAUGUCUGGUAGGUGAUGAGUCAUCUUUCGGAGUCCUUUCAAAACAUGGAAAGUAAAAUGGUAAAAGCAGCUGGUUCUAACAUGGAAACCACUUCUGAAUUAAAACAUUUAUUUACCCCAUGCUUAACACUUUGAAGAAGGAAAAAAAAUCUGAUUUACAUAUUUUUAAGUUUCUGUCAGUUAUGAAUUUAGUUGGUUUGGGCCUUUUUGAAAUCAGGAAAGCCUCCAAAAAAGCAAAUAUCAAUGAAAGUAUAGAGGAUGAAGUACUCCUUGCCCGCUGGAAGUCCCAUCUCUGGCAGCCAAACUGUCUCAGGAACUCUGCAGGUCCUCAGGCUUGUAGUUGGUAUGUUAUUAUCAGCCCUCCUCUCUCUGUAUUAUUAGUGGCUAGUGGUUCACAGCUUAGUACGAAUUCCUGGGAGCCGACUGUUGAUGGCUUUGAUGAGCUGUGUACACUUAAUAGCCUGUAAUAUGGCCUUCUGUCACUUCUCUCCCAUUAAAGAACUCUCCAACUUGUCUAAAAUAAAGUCAUUUCCAUGGCCAA